CCAGUCGCCCUGCCAGACCAGGUCGGAAAUUGUGCUGACCUAUGGGGUCACCGCAAAAAUUGGUUUUAGUUGGUAGGGCACUGCUGCACCCCUGGGGUCGGCAAUUCAAUUAUGAAUAGAUAUGGCGGACCCAUGGUGUGCUGAGAAGUAAAUCCUGUCUUCUACCUUACAAAAGGCCAGCCAAGCGGCCUGUUCUUCUACUCCGUGCUCUGUAUGCUCCCAUUGCCGUCUCGUCCCACCAUGCUCUCGUGAACCUAGCCUAGUGUGCAAUAAUGUGGUCUGGUAUCGCCUCUAGCAUAGUGGCACGAGAUCCUGGGCAAGAUGCUGCUCAAGCGGCCUUCCACAAAUCUGCGGUCGAGUCAUGGACACUCUACGCCUUUGGCGUUGCUGCGACGCUACUGAGGACGUACUCUCGAUGGAGUGCUGUGGGAUUUAAACAUUUACGAGCUGACGAUUACCUUGUAUGGGUCGCAAUUGCAUUUUACACCGCCCAGACAGCCCUUGCAUACAGUGUAGGCAAUGUUGCUCACGGGCUCGCAAACAAUGGUAUGACGGAUGCGCAGCGGGCUACGCUGUCCGUCAACAACCAGGAAUACCGAGAGAGGGUGAUUGGGUCCAAGAUCCAGGUUGCAGGCUGGACGACCUACUCCGCGUUGAUCUGGUCGCUCAAACUUUCUAUGCUGGCAUUCUACAUUCGACUUACGGACGGACUCGGUCGUCGUUAUCGUAUCCCCGUAUACGUUGGAUUCUUCCUCGUCAUCGGAACCUUUAUCGCGAGCGUCGUAACCAUCUUCGCCGCAUGCCGACCAUUCCACAAAUACUGGCAAAUCAACCCAGACCCUGGCAAUGUCUGCCAGGCCGCCAUUUCCAAACCGAUAGUCUGGGUCUCCUUCGCCGCAAAUGUCAGCACCGAUCUCUACCUGAUAACCAUCCCUAUCCCACUCCUCUGGAAUACCAAACUACGCCUCUUAAAAAAGCUUGCCUCAACCUUCGUCCUCAGCUCCGGCGUCUUCGUCCUUGUCUGCGCAACCCUGAAGAGCAUCUUCGUCUUGGUCGACCCCCAAAACGGCGCCGCACUGAGCGGCGAAUGGGGCACGCGCGAAACCUUUGUCGCAGUCAUCACGACAAACCUCCCCAUGAUCUUCGGGUUGUUCAAAUCCUGGCUGGGCAAGUUCUACGGCAGCUCGUUCCAGUCGUCACAGGCGUAUAAGACCCCGUCGGGCUUUAAGAGUAUCGGUGGUGGAGGGGCGAGUCAUCCGCGGAGUCGGGGUCGGCGCGGGCCGUCUUCUGGUGCUCAUGGGAUGAGUACUACGUUGACUUAUACGGAGAGUGAGGAGCGGAUGGUAGAUGAUGUUAAGAUGCACAGGUUGAAGGCGAGCCCGGUGCCGCCUACACCGGGCUCGGCGAACAGUAUCAUGGUUUAUAAUCAGAUUGAGGUUACGCGGGAGGAGAGGAGGGCGGAGAGGAGUAGAAGUAAUGGGAGUGAGUUGGAGGAGGGGAAGUUGCAUGAGAGUUGGUAGGGUUGGCUAUGGGCUAUGAAGGUGGGCUUUGGUGCGCUGGUGAUUUUACGAUGAGACUUGAUACUACUAUACCACUUGUUUAGAAUUUAUCUGCUAUCUAUAUCGCGAUUUUGAAACGUAUAGAAGACAGGGUGUAAUUGAACAUAUCACUGAUGGACAAGAAUAUUGAUCUUCUUCACAGAAACACAAAUC